UUUCGGAAAAUNUCCUCUAAAACGCUUAUUAAUAAAACCACUUCAGGCGGAUCAACAACGACAAAUCGACAGGUCUAAAGAGAAAAUUAGACGGGAUUUAAAAAAGGACAUGCAUGCAAUUGGCCAUUCAUACCAAUUGAAUGCAACUCAUCUUGACGAUGCCGCAGUUGAUAAUAUCCAGACCGUUGCAAAUAACACAAAUGAUAUCAAACGUGCACCCAUCAAUCAUGUUGUAGUCAGUAGCAACAAACAGAUCUCAUCAUCUAGUUUCAAUAUUUUUACAUUACCAGAAGAUAAUGGACCAAGUUGUAGUAGUAGUAAUAAUAAUAACAUUUCGUUACUAACAUCACAGGCUGAUGUUAAGGUUAUUAAAGGACCCGUUCCACUAGAAACCGGUGCCAAAAUUCCUGAGCCGGUAUUUAAGUGCCUAGACUGUGAUGGUCUCAUAUUGCAGGGGCGAGGGGAAUAUGCUACGCAUGAGGCUGUCGGACAUCGUAUUCACUAUCGGUGUUCGGUGUGUGACCGUGACUUUGAACAAGAGGCGAGUUUGAAGAAACAUGUAAAAACGCAUCGUUCAGCAGAUCCGAGAAAAGAUGCUUGGAAAAAAUGUCCCGACUGCGGCAAAUGUCUUAAAUUAGGCAGCAUGUGGAUGCAUCGCAAAAUCCAUAGUGAUAACAAAAAAUACGGCUGUGAUAUUUGUGGCCAAAAAUUUGUACAAAAGAUCAACUUGACUCAUCACUCCCGUAUCCAUACCGCUGAGAAGCCUUACGAAUGUCCAGAAUGUCAGAAGAGGUUCCAAGAACGUUCUCAUCUGCAACGCCACCAAAAAUAUCAUGCUCAGACAAGAUCAUAUCGUUGCGAAAAAUGUGGCAAAAUGUACAAAACUGAACGUUGUCUUAAAGUGCACAACCUUGUACACCUGGAGCAAAGACCAUUUGCUUGUAACGUUUGCGAUAAGUCAUUUAUAAGUAAUUCCAAACUAAAGCAGCACUCCAAUAUUCAUACCGGCGAAAGGCCAUUCAAAUGCAACUAUUGUCCACGGGACUUUACCAACUUCCCUAACUGGCUGAAACAUACCCGCCGCCGUCACAAAGUAGACCACAAAACUGGCGAGCAUUUGGAAAACAUUCCCUCUUAUUGUUCUAAAAAAUCGACGAAAUCUACUAAAGCAAAGGCAACUGAUACAAAUAACGCAACCCCUGCUCAGCCUUUAGUAACAACAAAACCUGCUGAGGCAAAUAAAACUCAUCCUGCACCAGCAACAAUAGGUAAUGGAGCAACUACAGAAACGGCAAAGCCACCAGCUUCUAAGCGAAAGAAAAAAUCUCCGCAACAGUUGCCAUUGCCAACGCCGGCACAGCCCCCUCCAUUGGUAGCAAUCAGAGAUGAUAAUAAUUUACCCUCAAUCGCUGUUUCCAAAUUGUCUGCAAUUAUCAAAACUGAAGUGAUACGCACGAACAACAUUAUGACAUCCAUUCCUUUGUCUAUAGCGGGGAAUUUAAAGCCAAUAACAGUAGUAGCACUAAACAAAAAUGAUACUUGCAAAACGGCUAAGCCAAAGCGUGAGCGAAAGCAGCCUUCACCCAAACAAGUGCAAAAAGCCAGUCCCGCCAUAUCGUUACUAUCCUCCAUUAAACGGGAAAUUAGCGAACCAGAAAGUAACUUAAAAUCACAUUUAAGCACAUCUUUAUUGGCCGACACGCGUUGUGCAAUUAGUAAUUUUCCCGAUCUGAGUAUCACUUCUGCUGAAGAACUUAUUAUGGAGCAAGCACUUGAAAUGGAAGAGUGUGGAUUAUAUGUGCCACAGCCUUCCGCUGGCAUGGAGACUGAUAAUGCCAUUUCAUCUUCUGAGGCUACGGCAGCGCUGCACUUCAAAAUAAAAAAAGAAUUUGAUCCGAUGGAUUUGUCAUCGACGCGCAUCAAAGAAGAGGAUUAUGUUUCACUAAAGGACAUGAAUCAGCGGCUACUGUGUUCUUCGCUGGAAUCAUCGCCGUACUCGUCCCCAGCAUCUGUCGAACUUUCCGCAACGCCGGCUGUUAUGCCACCCUUGCAACCGGUCAGCGUAAAUGGUGUUGCCAAUGCGCAGUCCACUGUAGCAUCAACAAAUAAUUUCCUUGUAAAUUCUUUUAAGUCAAACACACACUCUCUAACUACGGUCACUAGUCACAAUAAUUCUUUGGCGCAGCAAACCGUGGCUGAAUUGCAACACCUGUUGCCUCAAGUGACAACACAGAUGGUGCCGUCAAAUUCAAAUGCUAGGCCGGCGACAACUCAAGCGAUUAUCAAUCAUUUCUACUUGCACCCAAUGUCCGCAAUGGGAAUGCCGCUGCUCACGCAGUCUUCAAAAAGCCAAAAAUUGCCUUCGGUGGACACAUUAUUAUUUUCGGGAGCAACUACAUCAGCAAACGUUAGUUCGACUUCCGCUUCCAGUACUGUAACUGGCAGAAGAUAUUUCCAAGGUAAAACUUUGGUGCACCAUGCAGCACACAUGGGGUCGAAUGCAUCCGUGGGGCAACAACCAAAGCUCUCUUAAACGACGAAUGGUUCAUAUUGUCUACUUGUCUAGUCAGCUGUCUAUUUGUCUAUGAUGCACAGAUGAGUUCUACAGUGCGACGGGACUUUUUAAAUAUGUACUUUUAUGCUUUGCUACUAAUCACAUAGUUUUUCUACAAUUUUCGUACAAUAAAAAUAUAUUUUAUUAUC